AUGACUAUUGUUUUCAGGGCAAACGACUACUACCUCAAUAACUUUCCUCAAAGACAAGUUUCAGGAUGCUACAGUGAGGUGAACAUUUUGGUUCUUAGUGAAAUCACUACCAAGUCUGUGUCAAUGAAUCUGCGGCGCUCCACAAUCCUCAAAGGCCGACAGCAAGAGCCUAAAAAUGUGAAAGGCUCUGAGAGCAUCACUGUGCUGUUGAGUGACACCGACUCCAGCAAAUCAGAGAGUAUUGAAGAAAUAAUAGACCAAGUGUCUGUUGUUCGUGAUAUGAAGCAGCCAGUAAGAAAGUAUAAAGCUGCUGCUUCAAGACGAGCAUGUAAAAAGAGGCUUUCUGUUGUAGAAUCACAGCAUGAUUCGGUUCAGAAGAUCUCACUGGCUGUUGGGGCUAUGGCCGAGGACACUUUAGAGGAACUCAGGUUGAUGUCGAACAAAUGUGAGACCGAGUUGAGGCCUACAAGUCCUGUUCAUUCACGAGAAGAACUUGUUGUAUCGGAUGAUUCCAGUAGCGAUCAUACUGUAAAUUCAGGCCCCAGCUCGCCCUCUCGACCUGUUGAUAAUAUAAGAUGCAGAGAAUGUGAGAGACUUUUCACCAAAGUCAGAAGAUGGCCAAGCCCUAAUAAGAAAAGGAGAGAUAAAAAUCCAGCAUCUUUAUCUUGUGAUAUGUGGAUUCUGCUUAAAAAGCGUCACCCUCAGAGACGCCGUCAUCGGGAGAAGGGGUUAUUGUGGACAAGCUUGAGUCACAUCAGGAAGAUGUUGGCACAAGGCUCCGGUUCUUCAGUCAUCAACAGAACUUGGAUGAAGUGCUCCAGACCUCAUGUGUUUCAGCAGAGGAUUUUGCGUCGCUGCAAGUAUCUAACCUCCAUUCAGACCGACCUGUCUAUUACCCGAGCAAAGCCACGACAUCGAAAGAGGCCGCGAGUGGUCUUUCCACCCGUUGCCGGCUGGAACUCCUCUGUGAAAAGAAGGCCUUCAGUGAACAACACAUUUCUCCAGAAGCUUUCUCCAUUCAACCUCAGUGUCAGAGAAGCACAGGAGGAUGAACUCCAUGCAGAAGACAAGUUUUCAAAAUCAAACCAAAAGAACUCCAGCAAUCAGAAGAGCGCUAAUGCCAAGGGCAAAAUGAGGGAGCUGGAAGUGUGUGAUGGCAUAGACGUAACACGCCGGGUGCUGAAGUUUGAUGGACAAUUGCAAACCAUGGAGCGGAGGAAAAGCCCACGGCAGCGGCAUGAGCAUGAAGAGAUUCAUGAAUCCCAGAUUGAGCUGCAGGACGAGUCGUCUGAGGAUUCCGAUUGGUUCAAGACGCCCACAGAUCUGUUCAGUGUGAAGCCCAAGAUCAAACAGGGGAACCAGAAGAAAGUCUCUGACCCAAAACCCAAUGCGCAGAAACCGAACUUCAUGUCCUUGUUGGCCACAAUGGUGAAGAAACAGAACCAGAUUAUUAGGGAGUCCUGCAAUUGAGUCUGCAGAGAAGCUCUGUAAGUAGUUUUGUUAGUUGUUUUGUGAUUGAAGAAACGUGCAUCACUGCUGCCGAGUUUUUGUUCAUUUUAUAAAUGGAUAGAUUUGUAAGUUCAGAUAUUUAUUGUGUUGUUCUUUUAUUUGUGCUCGAACACUGGCAUUUUGUGUGAGUAAA